AGCAUAAAAGCUGAACGGUAAAGAUCAAUUAUAUAGAUUGACAAUUAUCGUUCCGAGAUUUUGUUUGGUACAAGCAAAUAUCCUAUUAUUCUUUGAAUUUCUGGAAGACAAGAUAUCAUUCUUUGAAUUUCUGGAAGGCAAACGAAGAAUGGAGAACAAUAAUACCACGUAGUACUUAUUCUCUGCUGAGUGGACGAUUAAUACAAAUAUCUCCUUUGCAAGGGAAACUGUGAUUAUACAAUGGCUUGCUCUGCAGUUUCUCUUCCCUCCUCUUCCUAUGUUCCCAAGCAAUAUCAGGGUUUUUCUUCACCUUUUGGUGAUAAGACAUGCAGUAAGAUAAAAUUUCAUCAAAAGGAAGUCUUCCCUGGUUCUAAAGGGUUUGUCCAAUUGAAACACAGAUUUUCAACCUCCUGUGCCAGAAAGCAUUACUUGCAAGGUUCUUUUAAAUUUAGUCAGCGAAUUGUAGCAAAAGGAGAUAGGCAACCUUGGGAUAUUGGAAGGUUCUUGAGAACAUUGUACUUCUUUAAUGGGCCUCCAUCACCGGCAAAGUUAUUUGAAUCUUUAAUAGCACAGUUAUCAGGCUCUGCCACUCAACAGUCACAAACUGAAAAUAAAGAGAUGGAUCUUGUACUAGUGGCUGGAGCAACCGGGGGUGUUGGUAAACGAGCUGUUGAUGUUCUCCGUAGAAAAGGAAUUCCUGUUCGUAUUCUGGUGAGGAAUGCAGAAAAGGCAAGAUCCAUGUUUGGCCUUGAUGUUGAUUUGGUUGUUGGAGAUAUCACACAGAAAGAUUGUUUGCUUCCUGAGUACUUUCAAGGGGUUAAAAAGGUCAUCAAUGCAAUAUCUGUUAUUGUUGGACCAAAGGAAGGUGACACACCUGACAGAGCAAAAUAUAAACAAGGAAUCAAGUUCUUUGAACCUGAGAUAAAAGGCGAUUCCCCAGAGAUGGUGGAAUAUGUUGGGAUGAAAAACUUGAUCAAUGCAGUAAGAGAUAAUGUUGGUCUUCGAGAUGGAAAAGUCCUAUUUGGUUUCCAAGAUAAUGCCCCCAUUGGUCCUGCUUGGGGUUCUCUAGACGAUGUUGUUAUGGGAGGUGUCAGUGAAAGCUCAAUCCAGAUUAGUACAGUUGGUGGCGAAGAUGGUAGACCAACUGGUUUUUUUAAAGGUUAUGUUUCUACAGCAAACAAUGGAGGAUUUGCUAGCAUUCGAACAAAGAAUUUCUCUCCUCAACUAGAUCUUUCUGCAUAUGAUGGGUUAGAGCUGCAGUUGAAAGGAGAUGGCCGUCGAUACAAACUUAUAAUUCGCACAAGCACAGAUUGGGAUGCUGUGGGCUUUACUGCAAGUUUUGACACAGUCAAAGAACAAUGGCAAACGGUUUGCUUACCUUUCUCUUCCUUCAGACCUGUUUUUCGGGCACGGACUGUAACAGAUGCUGCUCCCUUUGAUACAAGCAAGGUGGCAUCACUACAGCUAAUGUAUAGCAAAUUUGAGUAUGAUGGCAACCUAAAUCCAAGUUUUGAGCCAGGUUCAUUUGAACUUCCUUUUUCAAGCAUAAGGGCAUACCUGAAAGAGCCCAUCACUCCCCGAUUUGUGCACGUGGGCUCAGCAGGUGUUACACGGCCAGAAAGACCAGAUCUAGAUUUAAGCAAACAACCUCCAGCUGUGCGCCUGAACAAGGAGUUGGGAUAUAUAUUAACAUUCAAACUCAAGGGUGAGGAUUUGCUGCGUGAAAGUGGGAUUCCAUAUGCAAUAGUACGUCCUUGCGCUCUCACUGAGGAACCUGCUGGUGCUGAACUUAUUUUUGACCAGGGAGACAAUAUAACGGGCAAAAUUUCAAGGGAAGAGGUUGCUCGAAUAUGUGUUGCUGCAUUGGAGAGUCCAGAUGCAUGUGAUACUACAUUUGAGGUGAAGAGUGUUGUGCCAUUUAGUGAACCCUUCACAAUUGACGCAAACAAUCCUCCUCCAGAGAAGGAUUAUAAAAUCCAUUUUCAAUCUCUAAAGAAAGGUAUCACUGGAAAAGAAGCAUUAGAUAGAAGUCCAGUGGCUGCAUAGGAUUGUAAACAUUUAUUUAGUUGUUAUUUAUUUUACUUUAUCCAAAUGGCCACAAUAUGAAUCAUGGACUUAGUCCAAGUGCCUUAACUGAUUCGGAACUUAUACAAGCAUAGGGUGAAUCAUUUCCAAUGGCAAAGCAAUCUCCAGUUAAUGUAAAAGGUGAUUUAGGUUAGAUCUUUCAUGUGUAAAAGAAGUAUUGUACUAUAUGCUAUUGUUGUAUUAAUUUUUGAGAUUUAGUUGUGCAGUAAUAAAUUGAUUUAUAUGGACCACAA